UCCAGUUAGCAGCAGUUGGAUUGGUCCUUGGGCAAACCCCCCCCCGUAUUCCUUGUGUUUAUGUGUAGAUCGAGAAGGAAUAAGGAUUGAGUAGUCUAUUAUCAUGUAACGUUAUGUCUUCGCCAGACAUUUAAAAAUGUUGAUCAACUAACGUAAGCCUAUAAGUUAACUUACCAGUGGCUAGCUAAUACCAGUCAACGUCCUAACGUUACAGUGGCAAUGGCCAACCUGGAGCAGUGGGUGAGCGACCGCCUUCAUGACAUCCUGGGGCUGAGUGACCGAUAUGUGGCUCAGUUCAUGGUAGGUCUGGUGCGAAAGUCUGCUAAUUUGCCAGACUUCAUUGUUCGCCUCAAGCAGACCGGCACCAUUGCUGUCGACCAGAAAGUUGAGAGGUUUGCACAGGAAUUAUUCGAGAAGGUGCCACGAAAACAGAUAGUGGAGAAACCAUCUCGAGCUCUGGAGCGGCAAGUGCAAGCCAUGGAGCAGAAAAAUCGUACCUACACUCUGCUAGAGGAGAGCGACAGCGAUGGAGAAGUAACACAGGAGAGAGGAAAGGAGAAGAAAGGGAGGGAGAAAGUAAAGGGAAAGAAGAGAAAGCACUUGAGACAGAAACAGGAAGAGAGUGCCUCAUCCAGUGAAGAGGAAAAGGAAAGUGGCCAGAUGACUACCAAAGCACAGAAGAAAGAGGAUGAGGAGGACCAAGAGGAGGACUGGGAAAAAGAAGAGCGCGAGCGACAGCAGGACCUGGAGGAAAGAGAUGCUUUUGCAGAGCGCAUGAAGUUGAAGGACAAGCAGAAGACCCGAAGUAUCAUGGAGAGGACUGAUAAAAAGGCUUACGAGGAAGCUCAAAAAAGACUUAAGAUGGCAGAGGAAGACCAAAGGAAAAUGCUUCCUGAGUUGAGAAAGCAGUCACGCUUUGAGUACCUGAAGAAACGUGAAGCUGAGAAAUUAGAAGACCUGGAGGCUGAGAUAGCCGAUGAAGAGUACCUGUUUUCCUCUGACAACCUCUCUGAGCGAGAGAGAAAAGAACUGGAUUACAAGCGUACAGUCAGAGAUUUGGCCAGGGACUACAAGAAAGCAGGAGCCAAGGAAAAGGAUGAAAGGAAGAAUCGCUACUACAUGCCAGAGGAGAAUAGGAGAAAGAACCCUCCUGAACGGGAUCUCCAGCUGGAUGUUGAAGAAGGGGGGCAUGAGGGCGGGGGGGAGCAGAGCCGCUGGGAAGAGGCACGGGUCGCUACAGCAACUCUGCACUUUGGCGCCAAGGAGGAGAGGGAGCGUCGACUGAAGGAGGAGCAAGACAAGUACCAGUUAGUACUGGAGGAGGAGGAGAUGAUCAACUUUGUCAGCAGUGCCAUCACCAUGAAAGGAACACGGUCAGAAAAGGAGGAGGCUGAGCCACAGCUCUCUCAGGCAGAUAAACAGAUGCAGUCGAUUCAGGAGGUUAGGCGGAGUCUGCCUGUCUUUCCCUAUCGACAAGACCUACUAUCAGCUAUUGAGCAGCACCAGGUGCUCAUUAUUGAGGGGGAGACUGGGUCUGGCAAAACUACACAGAUCCCACAGUAUCUCAUGGAAGAGGGAUAUAAUGCUGGAGGUUUGAAGAUUGGUUGCACUCAGCCUCGUCGAGUAGCAGCAAUGUCUGUGGCAGCUCGAGUGGCACAAGAAGUUGGAGUAAAGCUUGGAAACGAGGUGGGCUACAGUAUUCGAUUUGAGGACUGCACAUCAGAACGGACAGUACUAAAGUACAUGACUGAUGGAAUGCUUUUGAGAGAGUUUCUCACAGAGCCAGAUCUUGCCAGCUAUAGUGUGGUCAUAAUUGAUGAAGCCCAUGAGCGCACCCUCCACACAGACAUCCUUUUUGGCCUGAUAAAAGACAUUUCUCGUUUCCGUGCUGACCUGAAGGUGCUAGUGGCCAGUGCUACACUGGAUACAGAACGUUUCUCUUGCUUCUUCGAUGAUGCUCCUGUCUUCAGGAUACCUGGACGUCGUUUCCCUGUAGACAUUUUCUACACAAAGGCUCCAGAAGCUGACUAUCUGGAGGCAUGUGUUGUGUCCGUGCUGCAGAUCCAUGUCACACAGCCCCAUGGAGAUGUACUGGUGUUUCUCACAGGGCAGGAGGAGAUUGAGGCAUGCUGUGAGCUUCUACAGGAUCGUUGUCGGCGACUGGGGUCCAAGAUAUCUGAGCUCAUUGUCCUGCCCAUCUAUGCCAACCUGCCCUCAGACAUGCAGGCCAAGAUCUUCAACCCAACUCCACCUGGUGCUCGCAAGGUUGUGGUAGCCACCAACAUUGCAGAGACCUCCCUCACUAUUGAUGGCAUCAUCUAUGUCAUUGACCCAGGCUUUUGUAAGCAGAAAAGCUAUAAUGCUCGCACGGGCAUGGAGUCCCUCAUCGUCACACCAUGUUCACGGGCGUCAGCCAAUCAGCGGGCUGGAAGAGCAGGCAGAGUAGCUGCUGGGAAGUGCUUCCGUCUCUACACUGCUUGGGCUUUCAAGCAUGAGAUGGAGGAAACAACAGUACCAGAGAUUCAGAGGACCAAUCUGGGCAACGUGGUGUUGCUGCUGAAGAGUCUGGGAAUUAAUGACCUCAUUCACUUUGACUUUAUGGACCCACCUCCUCAUGAGACACUUGUUCUAGCUUUGGAGCAGCUCUAUGCUCUGGGUGCCCUCAACCACCUUGGAGAGCUCACCAAGCUUGGCAGGAGGAUGGCUGAGUUGCCAGUGGACCCCAUGCUGAGCAAAAUGAUCCUGGCCUCAGAACAGUACAAGUGUUCAGAAGAGGUACUGAGCAUUGCUGCUAUGCUCUCCGUCAAUAACUCGAUCUUCUACCGACCGAAAGACAAAGUAGUUCAUGCUGAUAAUGCACGCAUGAACUUUGUAGUGCCUGGUGGAGACCAUAUGGUGCUGCUCAACGUCUACAGUCAGUGGGUGGAGAGUGGUUAUUCCACACAGUGGUGUUAUGAGAACUUUAUCCAGUUCCGCUCCAUGAAGCAUGCAAGGGACGUGCGUGAACAGCUGGAAGGUCUGAUGGAUAGAAUAGAAGUGGAGGUGUGCAGCUCCCAGGGAGACAAUGUGCCAAUCCGCAAGGCAGUGACAGCGGGCUACUUCUACCACACAGCACGGCUUAGCAAGGGUGGCUACAAGACAGUUAAGCAUCAGCAGACCGUCUAUGUCCAUCCCAAUAGCUCCCUUUUUGAGGAACAGCCACGCUGGCUUAUCUACCAUGAACUUGUCUUCACCACAAAAGAGUUCAUGAGACAGGUUAUUGAGAUAGAUAGUGGCUGGCUGCUGGAGGUGGCCCCUCACUACUACAAGAACAAGGAGCUGGAGGACAGCAGCAGUAAGAAGAUGCCACGGAAGCAGGGAAAGGCACGUGAGGAACUGGGCUGAACAACCGGGCACAAGAAUUUAGAAGAAGAAAAGGAUGUCUCACAGAGUGGACCCAUGCUCCACCACAGACACAUCACUCAGAAGCAUUUUUUAAGAGCUAUUGUGUGCGGACUGCAGCUAUCAGCAGUUUUUCCAUAUACUCACUUAAUGGCCUUUUUUCUUUUUUUGGAGAAUUGUUUUUUGACCUCGGCCAGCCAUGUUGAAUAAAGUUUGCUGUUUGCUAUUUACUAUGAUGAA